GAUCGUUGGUUCAAGCAGAUAUUGGCCAUGAGCGACCACAGCGACACCGAGCAGACAGACGCGCGCCGCGCGCCCAAGCGCUUGGGCGAAGAUCCCAAUGAUGCCAGUCGAAAGGGUGCAAAGAAGCCAAAGACGAAGAAUGUCGGCAAGUACCUUCGCCCGGCGCCUGAAGGCCAAGUCAUUCGGUCUACCAAGGACAAGAAACUAAAAGGAGAACUGGCUCGCUACAACAAAAAAGUACAGGACGCGGCAGCCUCGGCCGCCAAGGCCGAAAUCUUGCUCCCAGAAGAAGCAGGUGUGUUGACAGCGGAAGGCAUGGAGAAGACAUUCAGGUUCACACAGGAGCAAUUGGCGGAGCACGUGGAUCGCAACACGGCGCAGAAGAUGUUUCACUUGGACUUGCCCACGUUUGGGCCAUACAACAUCGACUACACCAAGAACGGCCGGAACCUCAUCUUGGGCGGCCAAAAGGGCCACGUGGCAGUGUUCGAUACGCUCCGCAUGAACCUCAGCUGCGAGUUCCACGUCAAAGAGUCGGUGCGCGACGUCAAGUUCUUGCACAACAACUCGCUGUUUGCCGUCGCCCAAAAGAAAUACGUAUACAUAUACGACAACACGGGCGCCGAAGCCCACUGCAUCCGGACAAUGGCUGACCCAAAGCGCCUGGCGUUCCUUCCGUACCACUUUUUGCUGUCGUGUGUGAGCGGCAACGGCCUCUUGAGCUACAACGACAUCACCACGGGCGCCCAAAUCUCGACACACAAGACCAAGCUUGGGCUGUGCGAUACCAUGGCCUUGAACCCGUGGAAUGCCGUUGUGAACCUUGGUCACGCCAACGGCCUCGUGACGCUGUGGACACCCAACAUGCCCGACCCCGUCAUCAAAAUGCAGGCCCAUCAAGGCCCGAUUCGUGGCAUGGCCGUGCAUGUGGAUGGGCGGUACUUGGCCACCACAGGCAGCGACCGCAAGCUCAAGAUUUUCGACCUGCGGACGUACAAAGAGCUCCAUCAGUACUACCUGAGCUCGGGCGCGACCACAGUGGACAUCAGUCAUCGGGGCAUGGUGGCCGUGGGGUUUGGGCCGAAUGUGGAGGUGUGGAAGGAUGCAUUGACGACCAAGGCCGCGAGUCCGUACAUGACGCACCGCAUGCCGGGGACGCAGGCCACGAGCGUGCGCUUCCGGCCGUUCGAAGACGUUCUGAGCAUCGGCCACGCCUUGGGCUUUGCCAACAUCGUCGUACCCGGCGCCGGGGAAGCCAACUUUGACUCGUUUGAGGCCAACCCGUUCGAGAACCUCAAGCAGCGGCGCGAGACUGAAGUCAAGUCGCUGCUGGAGAAGUUGCGUCCGGAAAUGAUCACGCUCAACCCGAUGGUGAUUGGUCGGGUGGACGUCAACCCGAACGACGAGUACGAAGAGAAGGUGGCGACGCAGUACCGAGCCAACAACCAAGGCCGCGACAUCCCCAAGAAGAAGAUGCGCGGCAAGAACAGGCCGUCCCGCCGCCUGCGGAAAAAGCAGCAGAACGUCGUGGACAUUGAAAAGCAAAAGUACAGAGACAUGCUCGAAAGCAAGUCCAAGGACGACGCGCGGGCCAAGCAAGCGACCGAGUGGAAGCAAAAGAUGGACUCGGUGCCCACCGCGCUCAACCGGUUUUAUAAAAAGUAAUUAUAAUCCAUGUGUACGAGGCUGGGA